UUUAACUUUUCCUCCGUCCCUUCCCACUUUUUUCAUUGUGCCAGGGACAAAUAAGGAAAAUGAACCCUGUUGGUUAAAGAAAGUGGGUUGAUCGCGAAACCUUCCUGCUCCUUUAUUCCUUCGCUCUCUGUCAUCCUCUCUCUCUCUUUCUUCUCCUCUGGACGAGCUCACAGCAUCCAUCACCUCCAGCCUGCACUCUAUGAGACUCUAUGCAAUCCUUCAUCUGCACGGGGGCUUUUCAAGAGGAAUGAGUCUCAGGUCAGCGAUGUUUCUGCAUAUACUGCUGCGUGCCAUCUGCCUCUUUGUCUUGUCAUCUUCUGCUGUCCUCAGUCCUGCAGCAGAUGAGACCCCAUUUUUAGUGACCAUUCCUGAUAGCCCCCCAGUAACUGCCAUUUUGGGGGGCUCCUUGACCCUGCCCUGCGUGGUGAGUCUCCCCCAGACACCGCCUUCGGGCCGACAUGCUGCGCUGACCCAGCCACGAGCCAAAUGGAGCUUUCUUUCAUCAAACAGAGAGACUGAGAUUUUAGUGGCCCGUGGUAAAAGGGUAAAGGUGAAUGAGCUGUACAAAGGCAGGGCAUCACUGCUGAAUUAUGCUGCCUCUUCUGCUGAUCUCACCCUCAGACUGGAUGACCUGUUACACAACGAUACAGGCUUCUACCGCUGUGAGGUCCAGCAUGGCUUGGAGGAUGCACGUGACCAGGCUCAAGUCAAAGUAAAAGGUGUCGUCUUCCAUUACCGCCAUACCUCAAGUCGCUAUGCCUUCACUUUUGGUGAUGCCAAAGAUGCGUGUGAACAUAUUGGAGCUCAGAUUGCUUCUCCAGAACAGCUGCUGGCUGCGUACCAUAGUGGUUAUGAACAGUGUGACGCUGGCUGGCUUUCAGAUCGCUCCGUUAGAUACCCAAUCCAGUUGCCACGUGAAGGAUGUUUUGGAGACAUGGAUGGAUUACCAGGCGUUCGAAACUAUGGAAUGAUGGAGGAUGAUGAACUGUAUGACGUAUAUUGCUAUGUGGAGAACAUUCAUGGAGAGGUUUUUCAUGGGUCAUCAACACAGCGCUUCAACUUGUCAGAAGCUAAGACAUACUGUGAGCAGCAGGGAGCUCAGCUAGCCACCACUGGCCAACUGUAUGCCGCCUGGAACGAUGGUCUGAACCACUGCAGUCCUGGCUGGCUUGCUGAUGAGAGCGUUCGCUACCCCAUUGUGACCCCUCGUGAGCGUUGUGGGGGUUCUGAACCUGGUGUCAAGACUGUUUAUCGUUUUAGCAAUCAAACAGGAUUCCCUGAACCACACACUCAGCAUGAUGUUUACUGCUUCAGAGCUAACAGGAACUCUCAGACAGUCUCACCUAUAGAUCAUAUGGCAACAGAGCCUGAGGACACAGAGCAGGAUAUUGUGACUUUAGCAGAUUCUCAAGAGGAGUAUAGUGUGGAUCAGAUCACUCAAAACUCAGAAAAUGAAGCACAGGGGGCUGUUGAGUCCUUCUCUAUUUACAGCACACAGACUACUUUAGAACCAGAGGAACACAACCACACCACAAGCCCUCAGUUAGAUGAAGAUAACAUCUAUAGAGACUCCACCACCGCAACCAGCACAGACAGAUAUCUUGAGCCCACUGAGUUCACCUGGAAAAAAGUUGAAUCUAUUCCAGAGAUUUACAAAGAUUCAAAACACAUUGAUUUCACACUAAAAGAAGAACCAGAUAUAAAAGCUUCAGCAGUUGAUGGUGUUAAAAGCAGCAAUCAUAGACACUACCAACCAAUGCCAGAUACCAAUCUACAGCCUGGAGAGCCCAUCGAUUUCAUCCUGCCUACAGAAACUCAUCCUGACACAACAGAAGAACCAUCCUCUCAACCGAAGGAGAAAAAUGGAUCCAAACACUUCCAACCCAUGCCGAAAACCAACCUGGAGCAUGAGGAUGAAGAUCAUGUGACUACUGAGAUCUCCAUGACCACUGAUGAUACUACACUGGAAUAUGACUUGAGCAAUGCCACGACAACUCAGCAUGCUCCAGUUCAGUCAAGUCCCUCAACGCACCUACCUGAAGGUGCUACAGAAGAAGAAAAUGCAGGAAAUAUCACAGAAACUCCAGAGCCAGAUAAAGACCAGGGGAUUUUUAUACACACAACUCAGUCCACAUCAACAAGCACAUUCAGCACUGAAGGUUGGUUGGAGGGUUCCGGUGAGGAUUUGACCUUGCUAUCCACUCAAAAGGCCAAACAUCUGGUCACCUCGCAUAAAUCAGAGACAUAUGGAGCAUCCACAUCUGAGACUAUGACAAAGAGUUUCUCAUUAACACAUUUGAACAGUAUUAGCCCAACUUUUACACCCAGACAUGAAGACAGUUCUGCAGACCAUCACAAUGCUGAGGAGACCUCAACUCAGACUCUUCCUCUGUCUCUUGGUGCAGUUGAUGAUGCCAGUGAUUAUUCAACUGUGAGUAUGAGAACGAAGGAAACUGAAUCUUCUGAAAGUUCUGGCGAUCAUGAUGACAUCCUGCCUGUCACACUGCUGACCACCCCAACGCCUCACCUAUUGGGCACAUCCACCACGCAUGGGCCUGGACAGGUAGAAAUCAAUUCUCCACUGGAAAUUGUAGGUGUCCUUUCUGAAAGCACAACCCAAUCAGGCCUUGGGAUUGUGGAAGAAGAACUGGAGAAGGUGGAGCAGGAAGGGCUUGGAGAGGAACCUAAUCAACGGCUCACCACAUCCACUGAGUUUAAUAAUUCUACUGCAACUUUCAGCGUUGAUGGAAGUGAUGAAGAUGAAGAUGAGUCUUCCGGAGAAAGAGAACUUCCAGGAAACAGGUCUUCAGUUAUUAAACAUCCAUACUCAGAUGUGGCCAACAUCACUUCCUCUAAUCUGACAGAUAUACAAGACCUUAAUGAAACUAAUGGCGAUAAUGAUGAUAAUCAGGCGAGCACUGUGGGAUCCACGAAAAGUCUGGAGGUUACAUUUCUUCCUCAUGGGACCCAAAGUCCCAUCUGGCAAACAGUGGCCUCUUCCACAAACCCAGGAGAGUUCAGAGCAGAUGUUGAAUUCAGCGGGGAAGCUGCACUUACUACAGAUGACAUCAAAGCCUUAGAUGAAUCUGACUCCACCAUUGCACCUAUUAAUGAGAAGACAACGCAAACCCAAAAACCAUCCACUACGUCAGCCAAAAAUGAAGAUGAUGAUGACGAUAAUUAUAAACUCAUAACUAAAGCAAACUCAGACAAUACGGAAGAUGUGAAUGAUGUCACAACCAAUGACUCUUCCCUUCUACCUGCCAGACCCACACAGAGACUGCUAGUCAGGACGGGCUACAUUUCAGAUGCUUGUCUGGAGAACCCCUGUAAAAAUGGAGGCACCUGUGUAGACAGUGGAGCAGGUCAUAGUUGUCUCUGUCUACCCACUUAUGGAGGAGACUUUUGCGAGACAGAUCUAGAGCACUGUGAACCAGGCUGGGAAAAGUUUCAAGGGUUUUGUUACAAACAUUUCACAAAACGGCAGAAAUGGGAGGUUGCAGAGCAGCACUGUCGCAUGUGUGGAGGUCACCUGGUCUCUGUUAUAUCACCUGAGGAACAGGAGUUUAUCAAUGAUAAAUACAGGGAGUAUCAGUGGACGGGACUCAAUGACAAGACCAUUGAGGGAGAUUUCCGUUGGUCAGAUGGGAACCCUCUGUUGUAUGAGAACUGGUAUCGUGGACAACCAGACAGCUACUUCCUGUCAGGGGAGGAUUGUGUUGUCAUGGUGUGGUAUGAUGAUGGCCGUUGGAGUGAUAUCCCUUGUAACUACCAGCUGUCCUACACGUGCAAGAAAGGCAUUGCAGCAUUUUGUGGCCAGCCCCCUCUCGUACUGCACGCCAAAAUGUUUGGACGUCGUCAACUCAAGUACAGGGCCAAUUCGCAGGUGCGCUACUACUGUGAGCCAGGCUUCAUCCAGAGACAAAACCCUAUCAUCACGUGUCAAAGCAAUGGACAGUGGGAGGAACCAAUGAUCACUUGUUCACCAGUGGGAUCAGCGUACUCGAACGGAGAACCGGUAACAUGGUCCACAGGUCAGAACAAGGAAAUAAUCAUAGAAGAGACAACAACUAAAACAACAACACCUGAAUAUGUGGAUAUAAAAUGGAACUUUUAAAACAAGCACAUUGCAUUCUUUCACUCUCCUGUUAAUCAUGUCAUCCCUUCGUUUAUCCUCCUCAAAAAGUGCAUUGAUCAGCUCUACAAAGUUCUUGAUAUAACAGCAAUGUUAUAUAAAAAUGGUCCCACUUAACAUUUUUAUACAACAAAAGCGUAUACUUCUAAUUAGAUAAGUUUAAAUACACCAAACAUUAGUAUACUUUAAUUUGACUAAAAGGUUAUUCAUGUUUGUUUUUCUCUUCUCAGUUUUUUUUUUUUUCUUCUCAGUUUUUUCUCUCUGUAGACCUUGACACUGAAUUGCAAUUGUAAUUCUAAGAUACAGUGAAAGCACACUUGAUAAAAUGCAACUUCCAAACAAAGCUCAUAACCGUUUGGACCAGUCAUCUUUUCUGUUUUUUUUUUUCUCGAAUAAAUUAUGAGAUAAACAUAUGAACAAAUGCUCUCUAACAUCAGCUGGUCUGAAUCGUUUUGUUUUACAUUAUUGCCCUGUCGUUACUAAAUAUGUCCUCAUCAGCAGUAUUACUUAUCCAUUCCUAAACAUUCAGUGUCCUGUGUUUUUCCUCAUUUAGAAUUGCAAAGAAAAGACUCAGCUUGACAUCAAGCCCUAGCCAGCGUUUUUGCUACCCUAUUUUGUCAUAAACUAACAAGUAUUUCUUAAUAACAAUACAGGAAUACUCUUGUGCUUGUUGUUAGAUUUAGAUAAUACUCUGAAAAAAAAGUUAAAAAGAAAAAAAAAUUUAGUCAUAUCAAACCCAUCCUUUGUGUUGAUGUUGGGUCAGCAUAGCUUUAUGAAGCAGGGAAGAUUCCUUUUGUGCUCCACAAAUGUUUGUGAUUUUCACACCCACGUUGAGUCUUUUUAUUGAAAGACAGUUGGUCAUUCUGCGACUUGGUGCUCAGUUUUUCAGGUCUGUAUUGUACCCUGGAGGAUGGCCAUCUUCAGUAGACUACUAUCAGAUUAAUUUGAUUCAGUGAUGCAUCACUAACAAAACCAUAUUUUAGGUUUUGGUGGCCUGAAACCAGGGCAUAUUUUAUCACUCUAGAAACAUGAAAUGAAUUACAUUCCAAGCAAUCAGAGCAAUCGCAAUAAAAAAAGUUAUCACAAUAAGAAAUGCUUAUGAAUUUUCUUGCAUAUGUGAAAAUGUAUGUAUAAGUGUUAUGAAAAAUUAGUUUAACAAAUAUGUGGUAAUAUUCUAACUAGCAUUACUAGUAGUGCACCUAUGAUUUGUGAGGCACUUUAAAAAUAAUAUUUUACAGGAACUUGUCUUUUAAGUUGAUUACUGUUUGGUGUAAUGUGUAUGUAUGUAAAAAUGCGAAAAAAUAUAUGUAAAUACAGAUUUAAUAUUUUCA